GGAGAGGAGGAGGCUCACAUGUGUGACUAUCAUCAAUUAUUUUGUAUUCACUGUCAUAGUGGUCCAUGUGACUUGACGGGGUACACCGUUGUUGUUAUACCCCGUUGCCUCAUACUUUGUACUUGGAGUUCCUAGCCCUCCACAACCUUACUAGACGACGCAUCAUCAAGCCAUCUCUAUAUUGAGCAGAAAGUCUACCCCCACCCAGCGACCGUAAUCAGACCUUUCACAGGAGGGUUAAGACCUCAUACGCCGAUAUGUCGCCAAAGUCUGGCAAACGCGAAGAGAAAUACUCCCUCCUCAAGGACGAGACCGAAGGAGAGUCUUGUGAAGAAGGCGCAUCGAGAGACUCUUCCGUCGAUCAAGAAGCUGGAUUCGUUAAAGUCAGAAAAUACCUUCCAUGGCAAAAGUUCGAUCCAGCUUGGAAAUCUUGGUACCUCUUCGUUCCGCCCAUCCUCAUCUUUUCAUUACUGGCGUAUCUAGCCUUCUUCCCAUCAUGCGAAACCUGUCAAAAGAUGGAUCUCGACCUAUCGGGCUAUGUCUGCGCACCCAACGGCGCCCUUCCCAAGAUCGCUCGCGACCGGGGCUGCGAGUUCGAUACCAUGUCAUUCAAAUGGUGGCCCAAAGAGCCCAUGGCGCACAAAGACAAUGUUGCGCUACUCGAAGAAUUCCACGGCGAGGGACCAUGGCAUCGGUACUAUGAUAAGGGCGGGAAACACGAAAUACCACCGACGAGCGAGGUCUUGACUGCCGGCUGGGUUACUAGGAAGGAACACACAUACCACUGCAUGUACACUUUACGGCAGACGCACUUAUGGAUUUCCCUGGGCUACGAUCCUCCUUUCAACUACAGCCAUACGAUACAUUGCACCAAGUAUCUGAUGGACGCCAUACUAGAGAGUCCGCCCAAAGACUUUGAAGAGCUCAAUGUCCAUGGGACCCCAUGGCCAGAGCAUGCAGACAUCGUCAAACCCUAUUAUCCUUGCAAGCAAGAAGGACUCAGCUGUGAAUCUUGGUGAUAUUAUCUCAUAGGAAAUGGUACAUCAAACUGUGGUAGAUGCAGUCGAGCUGUCUCAUUUUAAAAAUCC